AUGACCAUAGAUAAGGCACUCUAUGAUUUAGGUGCAAGUGUGAGUCUGUUGCCUCUAUCAAUAUCUCAGAAGUUGGAUGUAGGAGAGCUCAAACCCACAACAAUUUCACUACAAUUGGCUGAUCGAUCUGUCAAAUACCCGGUGGGCAUCCUAGAAAACAUCCCCAUUAAGGUGGGGAAAUUCUUCAUCCCAGUUGAUUUUGUUGUCUGGGAAAUGGAAGAGGAUGUCCAAAUUCCUAUCAUCCUGGGAAGACCUUUCUUAGCAACUGCCGGAGCUAUCAUAGAUGUUAAGAAUGGGAUCAAUGAAGCCUUAAUUUUAGCACCAAUAAUGCAACCACCUGAUUGGGAGCUACCAUUUGAGGUGAUGUGCGAUGCAAGUGACUAUGCAGUUAGAGCAGUGCUUGAACAAAGGAAAGAUAAAAAGCUCCAUGCCAUUUACCAAAGAAUUGGGAAUAUCUCAAGAAGGAAUGAAAUGCCAAUGCAUGGUAUACUUGAAAUAGAACUAUUUGACAUGUGGGGAAUAGACUUCAUAGGUCCAUUCCCAACUUCCUUUGGAAACAAAUAUAUCCUAGUUGGUGUUGAUUAUGUAUCAAAAUGGAUAGAAGCAAUAGCUACACCAAUAAAUGAUGCCAGAAAAUAUGGAGUGACCCACAAAGUGGCAACACCUUACCAUCCUCAAACUAGUGAUCAAGUAGAAGUUUCAAAUAGGGAGCUGAAGCAUAUCCUUAAGAAAAUAGUCAAUCGCUCAAGGAAGGACUGGCCUAUGAAGUUAGAUGAUGCAUUGUGGGUAUACCGCACUGUAUAUAAAACUCUUAUUGGAAUAACACCCUUCCUCAUGGUUUAUGGAAAAUCUUGCUACCUCUCUGUAGAACUUGAACACAAAGCCUAUUGGGCAAUCCAGACCCUAAAUUUUGACCUAAAAGCAGCUGGUGAAAAACGAUUUCUACAGCUCAAUGAGCUGGAAGAAAUCAGGCAAGAUGCGUAUGAGAAUGCUAGGAUCUUCAAGGACAAGACCAAAAGAUGGCAUGAUAAACGCAUAUCAAGGAAAGAGAUCAAGGAAGGAGACCUUGUCCUACUAUUCAAUUUGAGAUUAAAACUCUUCCAGGGAUGUUGA